AUGGAAGAGGAAGAGUAUAGCACUGAAUCAUCUAAUGAAGAAGAUAUGCAAGAAGAUGGUGAAAGAGAAGGAAAUGCUGCUGAGAGUGAUGUCUUCAAACCAGUUGAUGUAGAUCCAGCAUGUUUUGGUAUUACAAGAAGAUCUAACAAUACCUUUGAUGGUUUCCGCUAUCGCUCUACAUUCAUAUGUUCUAAAGGAGGGCAGUCUAGACUGAGGUCUGGUGUGACAAGACCUGCAAGAAAGCGAAACAUGAAGACUGGCUGCAAGGCCAAGAUGAUUGUGAAGGAUGCCCAUUUUCAAAAUCGCUGGGAACAAGUGCUACUAGGUUGUGGCCUGCUUGCUGGUAGAUAUCUUGGGGCUUAUGUGUGGCUUUUUGGUACAAGGUUAAGAUGUAUGAAUGCCAAGCCACCACAUUCAAUAAUUACGAACUACUGUCAUGAUGUAGCGAUAGCUAUUAAAAAGGUUUUCCCUAACGCACGGCACCGUUUUUGCCUUUCACACAUAUUAAAUGAGCUUCCUGAAAAGUUGGAAGAAAUGGAGAACAAGGAUGAAAUUAUUUCCACAUUCACCACACUGGCCUGUGAUUAUGUUAGGAAUGACUUUGACAGAGAGUGGCAAGGAACCUCUUUGAAAAUGUUUGUAGAGAAGUAUGAGGAAGCUGUUAAAGGCAAAUUAGAAAAGGAGUAUUAUGAAGAUUUACGAUCAGCUCAGAUGAGGCCACCAAUGAUGACAGCUGACAGGGUUGCCUGCGGAAGAUCAAGCAGCAAAGUGGUUACAUACAUAGUUUCGGAGCAUGUCGAUCAAACAAACAAGGUAGAUUACAAAGUUGCUUAUGAUAAUGUUCAAGGUGACAUAUGGUGCCUCUGCCGUUUGUUCCAAUCCAAAGGAAUAUUGAGUAGGCAUGCACUCACUGUACUGAGACAGGAUCUUGUGCUGAUGAUUCCACAAAAAUACAUCAUUCAUCGCUGGUGCAAGGACUGUAAACAAACCUGUGCUUCCAUAUCCCAGCCUGUCUCAGCAGGUAAUCAGGAACUGGGAAGCUACGAUGAUCUGUACAAACUUGGCCACCAAUACUUUGCAGAGGGCUGGGAUCUUACACAAGGUCAAUCCAAACGUUCCCGAAAGAAGAAGCUGGCAACCCCAACUGUUCUUGAUACGUUGAAAAAGAAAACUAGAAGGGAGUAUAACAAGGGGAGGAAUGCCACUGCAAACACCCUAAACACAGCUGUCACUGCAACUGACAGCGUAACUGAUGGCACAAAUGUGGAGACCAUUUCAUUUGAUUUGUCACAAUACAACAAUGCCCCGAGCUUCCAUUGGCCUGAAAGCAGCAGCAGGUCUCAGCUCCAGUUUGACCUUUCUAUUCCUGCCUGGGACUCUGGGAGCCAGUGA